AUGUCCAAUAACGCCUCUCAGGCUCUGCGAGACAGCGAUGGCUUUGCCAUGCCUGCGCCUCCUCCCACCAAGCGCCACAUCAAGCCCACCGAGGCGCAACCCACCACCGCUGAAAUUUAUGCCCAGAAGCACGGGAUCCCGCUGGAGGUGCAGUUGGCUUUGCAGAACGUGGGCAGUCGAGCGCGAAUGAGCGUCUCAAGGGGUCAGCGCACUUUCGACCGCCACCAGUCUUCCCCCGCCCUUGGCUCUGCCUCUGCCACCCCCAAUUACUCUCCCUUCACUUCCUCCCUUGACGCCAUCACCCACGCCCGCGGUGUCAUGAACAAGGAGCUCAUGCGCGCGCGUGAACUCCAGCCUUUUGGUUCCUUGUCUCCCACCAACUCUUCAGACAAUCUGGACAAGGACAGGGCUAGGAGAGAGUUUGAGGACAUCAAGCUCAAGUUUAGAGAUGACGGCGAGGUGGAGCUUGAGGGUGAGGUGGAGAGGAGGGUCGCGUUCGGACAAGGGUCCUCUGCGUCUGCCCAGAGGCAAGGCGAGAAGUUUACUUUGACGCGCUCGACCAAGCGUGCUUCGUCCCCUGCUGAAGAGGACGAGCACGCCGGGAGCGAGACUGAAACUUCCGACCAGGAAGAUGAAGAAGAAAACAGACCUUUCGCCCGUACCCCCUCUUUCAACACUGUCGAGUCUGUGUUCCCUCCCGUGUUCAACACUCCCGCUAUCUCCCACCCCCAACUCUUCACUGCGCCCAACCCUGUCAACCCCGUUCAGCAGCCCGCUGCUCCUUCCAGGAAGGGGAGGGCAUUCAAGGGUCUUCCGGGAGGCAAAAAGUCUGCGCUCGCCAAGGCGUACAGUGCGCCGGUGUUGGGAGGGUGGGCAAACAUGGAGGUGGAUGUGCCCGAGGGGUCCGAGAAGAAGGAGGAGCAGGAAGAUGGUUUCGAGUUGGAUUGGAGCAAGGACAUGGACUUUUAA